AAGGUGCGGCUGCUUUAGCUGCCAUACUUUACAACUUUGACAAGAUGAAGAUGAUGUUCUCUGCUCUUGUAGUUAUUUGCUCUCUAUUCCUUGGAAUACAGUCUCUUCCGGUCAACAGGACAGCUGCUGGUACCUAUGGGGUGGAUGUCUCCUCUUUAAUUUCAGAAAGCACUUUCUCCUGCUUGAAAAGCAAUGGCUUUGAAUUUGCUAUAAUCCGCGCAUACAGAAGCACCUGUUCGUCAGAUCCAAAUGCACCUGCUACAAUAAGGAAUGCCCGAGCAGGUGGCAUUAAGUACGUUGAUGUCUACAUGUUCCCUUCACCAAGAUGCAGCAAAUCAGCAGCUGAACAGGUUGAGGAGAUGGUCAAUUCACUUGCUGAAUCAAACUAUGGACAAAUAUGGCUGGACAUAGAAGGCAGUCAAUAUUGGCUUGGCAGUGAGUCUGCUAACAGACAAUUUUUUGACGAAUUACUGUCAGCUGCAAAAAAAUAUAAAAAAGUUGGAGUUUAUGCCAGCCAAUACCAGUGGAGCAGCAUCAUGGGCUCCUAUACAGGAGGAUCAAGUCAACCAUUAUGGUACGCUCAUUAUGAUGAUAAUCCUUCUUUUUCUGAUUUUGAACCAUUUGGCGGUUGGAGCACACCGACUAUUAAGCAGUAUGCUGGAGACAAGACUGUGUGUGGUGCUGAUGUUGAUAAGGACUGGUACUAAGAGAAUAACUCUACAAUUUGUGCAUUACUUGUUUUGUCUUGUCUUUUUUACUUUUUAAAUGCAUUAUUUGUAACAUGUAGCAAA